AUGACUACCGCUCACAGGCCCACGUUUGACCCGGCGCAAGGAAAAGAGGCUCUCCGUGGCCCGGCCUAUCACCAACGACUUCUCCCAGCCCACACUCAGCUGAAAGUUCGCCAACCCGGACAAGGAGGUGAUGCUGAUGACGCCCCCCGUGACCUUCGCGCAGAGCUCCUCGCCGCGGAGGCUGCUCACUUUGCCAAGAAGAAUGGCGUUCCUGUUGAAGAGGCUACCCCGGCCGAACCACCUGCACACAAGCGACAGCUGGAGUCUGGUGCCGACGCUGAUGCAGAUAAUGGUGACGAGGAAGAUGACGCCGCAAAACGGCGGCGUAUUCUAGAAGAGACGCGCGAGAUUGAUGCGGACGAAGAGUUUUCAGACAGCAGCGACGAGGAUAGCGAUUCCGAGGAUGAGGACGCGGCUCUGAUGCGCGAAUUGGAGAAGAUCAAGAAGGAGCGCGCAGCACAGAAAGAGAAAGAGGAACAAGAGAAGGCAGCCGCGGAACAGGAAAAGCGCGAGGUCGACAUUGCUCGCGGAAACCCCUUACUCAACGGCAAGGAAUACAAUGUGAACCGCCGCUGGGACGAGGAUGUUGUCUUCAAGAACCAGGCUCGUGGCACCGAGAACAAGGAAGGGAAGGAGUUUGUCAAUGAUCUUCUGCGAUCCGACUUCCACAAACGAUUCAUGUCCAAGUAUGUUCGGUAA